ACAAAAGAAAAAGAAAAAAGAAAAAAAAAAGAAAAAUAAAAAUUAAUUAAUCCCUUCCUUAGCUGUACUGGUGAAGAUAAUGGAUUUGAGGAGAAACGGGUACUUGGUUCUUUUGUUUGUUUUGUUGGGCCAUGCGAGGGGGGGAAAUGUGGUGUUCAAUGUGGAGCACAAAUUUGGUGGGCGUGGAGGCUUGGGUUUGAAAGACCUCAAAGCCCACGAUGUCCGUCGUCACGGUAGAAUGCUCAGUGCAACCGACUUUCAAUUAGGCGGUAGUGGUAGUCCCACCGGUGCAGCGUUGUAUUUCACUAAGAUUUCAAUUGGGACACCUUCAAAGGAUUACCAUGUUCAAGUUGAUACUGGAAGUGACCUCUUAUGGGUAAACUGUGCAGGCUGUAACAAAUGUCCAACAAGAAGCAAACUCGGGAUAGAGAUGACACAAUAUAACUUACAAGCGUCAACAAGUGGAAAAUCUAUUACCUGUGAGCAAGAUGUUUGCACUGCAAUGUUUGAAACAACUAGCUCAGACUGCAAAGUGGGAAAACCGUGUGAAUAUAUUGUUACAUAUGGAGAUGGUAGCUCAUCUGGAGGAUACUUUGUAAAGGAUAACAUUUAUUUGGAUCAAGUCUCUGGAGACUAUAAAACAUCACCCCUCCAGGGAAACAUAGCAUUUGGGUGCUCGUCUAAACAAUCUGGAGAACUAGGUACAUCUACUAAUGCAGUUGAUGGGAUAAUUGGUUUUGGAGCAGCAAACAAUUCCGUCAUCUCCCAAUUAGCAGCUGAUGGAACCGUAAAAAGAAUGUUUGCACAUUGCCUCAAUGGAGAUAAUGGAGGUGGUAUAUUUGCUAUUGGACAAGUAGUUGAGCCAAAAGUAAAUUCAACCCCGUUACUCCCAAAUCGGGAACAUUAUACUAUUUCUCUCAAGGAUAUUGAGGUUGGCGGUGAAGUUCUAAACAUUCCAUCUUCCAUAUUUGAGUCGAAGUCCAGUAAAGGAGCAAUAAUUGACAGCGGGACAACCUUAGUAUAUCUUCCAAGCAAGGUCUAUAAUGCUCUCCUGAUCAAGCUUAUGGCAAAACAACCAGAGUUAAAGACUCACCAUCAUGACGGGGACUUCGAUUGUUUUAUGUACAAUGGAAAUGUUGACGAUGAUUUCCCAGUUGUAUCGUUUUACUUUUUGGAAAAUCUUUCUUUGACAGCCUAUCCCCAUGAUUAUCUUUUUAAAAUUCGUGAAAAUGAAUGGUGUAUCGGUUGGCAAAAGGGAAUGCAAGGAAAGGAUGGAGAUGAACUUUUUCUAUUAGGAGAUCUUGUGUUAUCAAACAAACUUGUUCUAUAUGAUCUUGAAAAAAAGACGAUUGGUUGGACUCAAUAUGACUGCUCUUCCAACAUUAAGGUGAAAGAUGAUAGCUCUGGAAAUGUGUAUACAGUGGGCGCCCAUAAGAUUUCAUCAGCAUCUACAACCACUUCUACAUUCUUCUUCUCACUUAUCUCGUUCAUAGUCUAUUUCUUCAACUAAUCCAUCAUGUACCACUAUUACAUAUAUACAACAA